AAUAGUGCUAAUCAUACACUUUUUCCAUGGAAAACAAGUCAAAUUCUACUUUAAGUUUGUUUAUUUUCAAGCACUUAUCUCUAUGCAUAGUUUGCUACAGAGUAGGAAAAUGGAGGGGGAAAGCAUGGAGGAAGGGCUGUUAACAGGGUAUCUACCAAAUGAAGCAAACCCUUCUAGCAAUGGAACCGACAACCUUGCCAUGCCAUUGCCACCAUCGACAGCUUCCUCGCUCACGCCUGUUCUUGUCUUCAGCACGUUUGUUGCUGUCUGUGGCUCUUUCUGUUAUGGCUGUGCUCUUGGUUAUUCAUCACCCGCGGAGUUUGGGAUCAUGGAAGAUUUGGGCCUCUCUGUGGCAGCAUACUCCGUUUUUGGUUCAAUCAUGACAGUCGGAGGAAUGGUGGGUGCAAUUUUAAGUGGGAGGCUAGCAGAUCUUAUUGGUCGUAGACGUACAAUGUGGUUCUCUGAAGUAUUCUGCACUGCCGGUUGGCUUGCAAUAGCAUUUGGACAGAACGCUUUGUGGCUGGACAUUGGGAGGCUGUUAAUCGGAUUUGGAGUCGCGAUGCUUUCUUAUGUGGUACCUGUUUACAUAGCAGAAAUAACACCUAAAAGUCUCCGGGGUUCAUUUGCAUCAACAAAUCAAUUGAUGACUACUUCUGGUUUUGCAAUUGUAUUUUUCAUUGGGACCCUCAUUUCAUGGCGUGUCCUGGCUAUGAUCAGUGCUGUGCCCUGUGUAGCACAGAUAAUAGGCUUGUUUUUCAUUCCAGAGUCCCCUAGAUGGCUGGCAAAAUUUGGUAGAGAAAAAGAGUUUGAAGCUGCUUUGAAGCGACUUAGAGGAGAGGAUGCUGAUAUUUCAGAAGAAGCAGCUGACAUCAUAGAUUAUAUGGAAACUCUUCAGCAACACACAGAAGCUAGUUUCCUGGAAUUGUUCCAGAGGAGAUAUGCUAAUUCACUCAUUGUUGGAGUUGGCCUAAUGCUAUUGCAACAACUCGGAGGAAACAGUGCAAUGGUAUAUUAUGCUGGCAGCAUAUUUGUAGAUGCUGGUAUAUCAGGUACCAUUGGAAUUCAAGUCGUAGCUAUUUUACAGAUUCCAGUAGCUAUUUUAGGUUUAUUUUUGAUGGAUAGAUCUGGUAGACGACCACUUCUAAUGGUAUCUGCAAGUGGAGCGUGCUUCUCCUGCUUCCUUGUAGGACUGUCAUUCUGCUUUAAGGAACUCCCCCACCUGAAGGCACUUACUCCCAUUCUAGGACUUACUGGCUUUGUGGUUGCUGCUACAGCUUACACAAUAGGUUUGGGAGGAAUACCAUGGAUUAUAAUGUCUGAGAUAUUCCCUAUAAAUGUCAAAGCUCAAGCUGGAAGCCUGGUGACUUUAGUCAAUUGGUCCAUUUCCUGGAUUAUGACUUACACUUUCAAUUUCGUGAUGGAAUGGAGCUCAGCAGGAACAUUCUUCUUUUUCGCUGGAGUUGGGGGCUUAACUGUUCUAUUCGCUGCCAAGUUGGUUCCAGAGACGAAGGGAAGAACACUUGAGGAAAUACAAGCAUCACUUACUCCUUUUCUGUAAUAAGCAUAAGUUCACCAAUAUCUAAACACAAUAUACAUAUGGGAAAUAUACCCAUGAUAAGCUCUAUUACUGGGGCAGUUAAUAGGCCUCGGAAACCUGACCCCAACAGUUUUAGUAAAAAAUCCAUGUCUUUUUCAUUAAA